ACUGUAAACUCAUGUGACAUCCUAAACUGUCCCAAAGGAUUCAGAUGCUGUGACAAUGAAUGCUGCCUAGAAAGAAAGGUCUGGAAAUCUGAAAAUGCACCCUUCUGGAUCCUGUUCCUGAUCUUACUGGUCCUGUUACUCCUUUUGUACUUCUGUGGCCUAGUGGGGUACUUUUGUUCCAAGAACAGAGAACUCCAGCAUGAGGUCAGAAGAGUGGAUCAUCAGACACCUCCAGAACCCCCCUCCAUUGCUCCCCUAGAGAGCAUUUGUGUCACCUGCUUGGAUUCUCCACCACCCUACUUUGAGGUUGUUCAGAUGCCACCUCCCACAGAACCACCUCCUCCCUACAGCCUCAGGCCUGAGGUUCCUUCUGUCCAGAUGAGAGGGACUGGCUAUGCAACGCUUUGA